CAGUGGCGGCCAUGUUCACCCGCGGGUCCCGGCGGCGGCGAUCGGCGCGAUCCGCCUCCGAGACCGAGGACCCCGACCGGGGCCAACCCUGCCAGGCCUGCGGGGACCAGUGUCCCGGCUUCCUCGUGCACGGAUGGAGGAAGAUCUGUCAGCACUGCAAGUGCCCGCGGGGGGAGCACGGCGCCGGGGGGGCCCCCCCAGACCUGGAGCUGGUGACGUGGCGCCUCGUGGCCGAUUUCCACCCGCACCCCACAUCUGAUGAUGAUUCGGGGUGCGCCCCCGAGGAGUUCGCUUGGGCCCCCCCCGGCCUCAAGCCUGAGCAGGUAUCCCAGUUCUUCCGAUGCCUGCCCGAGGACAAGGUCCCGUACGUGAACAGCCCCGGGGAGCGGCACCGGCGGCGGCAGCUCCUGCACCAGCUGCCCCCCCACGACUCCGAGCCCCAGUACUGCUCGUCACUGGGCGAUGCGGAGCGCCGGGAGCUGCAGCUCUUCGCCCGGCAGCGCAAGAGGGAGAACCUGGGGCGAGGCUGUGCCAGACCCUUCCCCCUCACCAUCACCGGUGCCAGCUGCCGGCAGUGUGGCCGGCGCAUCGCGGGGGGGGACAUGGCGGUGUUCGCGGGGCGCGCGGGGCACGGCGCCUGUUGGCACCCCCAGUGCUUCCAGUGCUCCCAGUGCGGGGAGUUACUGGUCGACCUCAUCUACUUCUACCAAGACGGACGCAUCUACUGCGGGAGGCACCACGCCGAGACCCGGCGGCCCCGGUGCCAGGCCUGCGAUGAGCUCAUCUUCGCCCCGCGCUGCACCGAGGCCGAGGGCCGCCACUGGCACUUGGGGCACUUCUGCUGCUUCGAGUGCGAGGGGCCGCUGGGGGGGGGCCGCUACCUCCUGCGCCACGGCCGCGCCUAUUGCCCCCCCUGCCACCAGGCGCAGCACACCCACCUCUGCGACGCCUGCGCCGGCCACAUCGGGCCGGACCAGCCGCACAUGACCCAUAGGGGGCAGCACUGGCACGCGCUGCCCGGCUGCUUCUGCUGCGCCGCCUGCGGGCGCCCCCUGCUGGGGCUGCCCUUCCUGCCGCGGGGGGGGCGCCUCUUCUGCUCCCGCCUCUGCUGGGCCCAGCGGGACCCCCCCCCGGCACAGCGGGACCCCCCCGCGCGCCGCUCCUGGGGGGGGGGCCGCGGGACCCCCGCCUGGCUCGGCACCCCGGUUCCGCCGGGGGGGGCCGCACCGACACUCGAUGCCUGAACUCGGCGCCGCCCCCCCCCGCCCCUCCCCCCCAGCCCCCAGCACCCCCCCUCCCCCUCCCCCACCUCCUCCCCCUCCCCUCCGUGGCCCCUCCCCCCGCGUCACCUUCCGCGACCCCUCCCCCCCCCGGGGGUCACCCGAGGUCAGCCCGUGGCGGGGGGGGGAGGGGCCGCCCCCGGUGCCCUUCGACCUCUUCUUCCUCCUCCUCCUCCUCGGGGGGGGAGGGGCUGUUCCUGGGGGAGCCCAUCCCCCUCCCCCCGCAGCUCCGCCCCCCCGGCGCUGGCCCCGCCCCCCCGCCGCGCCCCGCCCCCCCCCGCCGGCCUCCCCGCCCCCGCGGCUGCCUCCUGGCCUGACCUUUGACCCUCCCCCGACCUGUGCCUGAGCUUGGAUGUGGCCUUUGACCUCUACUUGACCUCAGCUGGUGACCUCUGACCUUCACUGUGACCUCUGACCUCUGCUGGUGGCCUUUGACCUCUGCCAUGCCCCCCCCGUGGCCUUUGACCUCUUCUCGUGACCUCUGAGCCCUCUGGUGCCCUUUGACCCCUCCAUGACCUCCUGGUGACCCCCCCAGGGCGCCACCUUGGUGCUGCCCUUUGACCUUUAACCCUGCCCUGGGCCCUCCGCACUGCUGAGCACUUUUGACCCUUGACCUCAGACCCCCCCCAUGACCCCUCUUGGGUGUGACCUUUGCACUUUGACCCCCCCCAAAUCUUGGUGUGACCUUCCUCAGGGACCUUUGACCUGUGCACUGUGACCUCUGACCCCGGGUGACCCCCGGGGGGGAGGAGAAGCUUUAAUAAAGGAGGCAGCACCUGCCACUGAUGACA